AGUCUGUCAGUGGUGGGGAGAGCACGCAAGCUGACGCGACCCAUUGCCACAGGGCUGGAAGGAUAACAUCUCCCCUCUCCUCUCUUCCCACCCCUCCUGUUUUUUUUUUUCUCUCUCCCCCCCUCCCACUCCAUAGCCCCAUCCAAUCUUCUGCUGUCUCUCUUGGACCGCAAAGCUGCUGCAACUGACCCACCCCCCACGGUAACAGGGACGACUUGGUAGGAGGUGGAGGAGGAGCAGCGGACUCCAUGUUGGGAGUCGGAGAGAGAGAGAGAUACCAGGUUGGAGUUUAUUCAAGUCGCCCGUAAUCUCUCGCUAAAGCCCUCUCCGAUGCGUUGGCCAGUCAGCCGCCAUUCUGGAUCUAAAUGAGACUGGAAGGAUGAAGAGAGCUUGAGCAAGUAGAGGGAAAACGCAAGAGAGAGAGAGGAAGAGAAAGAGAAAAAGAUAAAGAGAGAGAGCGGGCUCCUAACUAUUAAAGAAGUAUUCUUGCUAAUCUUCUCCCAGUUCACCCACCAACAAUCUUUCCUCCCCAACUUAACCUACCACCUCCCCUAUUACCGGUGACUUUUGGACAGUAUUUCUUCUUCUUCUUCUUCUUCUUCUUCUUCUUCUUCUUCUUCUUCUUCUUCUUCUUCAGAGUGAAUAUUCGGGUACAUUACUCCACCGUCGCUCCCAACUUUGGCCAUUAAGGGAUCCUGAAGAGGCCCGCUGGUGGACACUUCAAAGAUGAGGCGGGCGUCGUAUUCACCACUGGACCAAAAUCCACCAUUUGUAGCAGAUCCUGAUGGCCAAGGGACAGCAGGGUCAAUAUCUCCUGAUGAAGAAAAAGAAGCCCCAAGUUGGGCAAAUUUCAGGCAGAGGAUACUGUCCUUCACCCGUGGUCGCAGUAAGAGCCCUACAAGCAGGAGCCCAGGAAGUAAAAGUCCUUGUAGGAGUCCAACACGGAGAAGUCCUGCAUCUCGUAGUCCAGCGAGCAGGAGUCCUACUUCCCGCAGUCCAGCUUCUAGAAGUCCGGCCAGCAAAAGCCCUACUUCGCGCUCUCCUUCUAGCAGAUCUCCCACUUGUCAGUCACCCAACAGGUCACCGACAAGUAAAUCUCCACCUCUUCGAUCUCCAACUAAACACUGGUCACCAGUAGCUCCUUUAGCCCUUACUAAAAGAGGGUCCUUCUCUAGAGGCUCAUCUCGAGAAUCGAGGGGAUCUAGAGAAUCUCCAACAGGAGGAGCUGCUGCAGAGUUUGCGGAGGUAUCACAAGUGCGUCGAAAUUCCGGAUCAAAAGUAAAACGGUGCUUGAAAAAAGCUUUUAGUUUAAACCUUGAGGGAGGAGAAGUGGAAGACACCGGAGAACUUGGCAGUCCUAUUGCAGCAGCUGGUGCCGUUGGGACAGGGGGCCGGAAGGUCAAGCUCAAAAUACGGUCAUCACCAGUUGAACAGGUACUGGAGAUGACACAAUUGGAGGAUGAAGAGAGCCAAGCAGCUGCUCUGAACAGAGCUAGAAAAUGGUCUUACCACGGAACAGCAACACCUGCUUCCCCUGUUGAGGCACCUAAACGUCACUCAUUCAGUACAGGCACUGGCAGAUCUGGAAUUGUAGUAACCAAUAAUGAUUUGGCAUCUUUACUUGGGCCAACACACCGUCUUACACCGCCAGGAGUGCCACUUCCUGAGGAUGUUGUACCAAUGCCUCCUCCCCUUCCAAACCCAAGAGCGCGGGGCCGUUCCCAAAGCAUUGCGUACUGUUGGGAUGUUCAGCAGAAUCCAGCCGCCGGUGCUAAACCAGAAAGUGGCGUUCCUAUCACCAUCCGCAGAACCGACUGUGACCACAUAGCUGCAUCGUCUCUAGACUACACAGAAGAGGAAGAGGAAGCUGGAGAGGACAGUGAGAAAGAAGUCGACGAAGAGGGCAAACUUCUUUGGGAUUCUUCGGGUUCUACUAUAGACGCUAGUCUUUUGGGGUCAGUUAUAGAAAGCUUUUUAAAGACAAGCAAAGAAGAUGAGGCCAGUGGAAGCGUCACUUCAUCGCUCAAGGGCCUGCAGGUCAAGUGACGCCCAACGAGAGGCAAUCGCUUACAAGUGAUCACAACUUCGGUCGUGCGUCGCAGUUCUGACCCCAACCGGGUCUCCUCUUCCCACAGGAGGAAGCCCACCAUUCGCCGGCACUCCUCUCACGGAGAAACUUCCAGAUCAUCUGUCUCAAGUGUCUCUCAGCCACAACAUGUGGUCAUCCACAUGGACAGUGACGAAGAGACGCAAUGCAAAGAAACCAUAACUCCUUUCGAUCGCUUCUGGAGACCCUCAUUUAACUCAAUGGAUGUCAUUUCUAUGCUUCCCACUCUCAUAAACUGUUUCAUGUUUGACGACUCUGCCUAAGAAGUGAUGAUCUUGUCCGCAUAAUGACAAAAUAACACGUAAAAGGGCUCUUGAACUUCGGUUAUCUAUACCUUUUACAACUACAGUGCUGCAACCAUAAGUACAAAAGUGAUUACAUGACUUUCAGUUAUUCCAUCGGACUUUAAUAACUUUAGUAUUGUAUGGUUAUUUUCUUCGCAUCGCCCCUUCAUGAAAAUAAGUGUGAUAUCGAAACAAUAACAAAUACAGAUAGUAUCUAUUUUAAUUAAUAAACUUAAUAAAUCUAGGUCAUAUCAGAAACCCUUGAACCAUAUCAUGAAUAGUUUUAACUUAAAAUAACGGACUCUCUCUCUCUCUCUCUCUCUCUCUCUCUCUCUCUGAUCUCCAAAAGUGCAGCAGGCAAUACCUCCAAGUGAAGCGACGUGAUUCUCUUUCCGUACUUGGCUAUUUGUACAUAUCCCUGAACAAUCACUUUCGAUAAAUGUUUGAUGUAUGACUCCAGUGUUCUUGACGAGUCUGUAUUCGUAUAUGUGAUGCAUCAGUUAAAGCAACUGUAAGCUGCUUACAAACACUCAGAAUUUGACAGCAAAAGUGGCUCUCCCUCUUCGACGGUGAUUUUGGGCAGUUUUGACGUAUCUCUGUACUUACAAACUCUCAGACUUUGACGGCAAAAGUGGCUAUCCCUCUUCGAAGGUGAUGAGGGCAGUUUUGACGUAUCUCUGUACUUACAAACUCUCAGAAUUUGACAGCAAAAGUGGCUCUCCCUCUUCGACGGUGAUAAAGGCAGAGUUUCUGGUGUAUCUCUGCGUAUCAGUGACAUAUGUGACAUGAACGACAGCAUCAAUUUCCGCUAAAAGGGUAGCAUCAGGUCCAGCGAGAAACGACUGACGUUUGUGAGGCUGACUUUCCCUUCAACCCAAAAUGCAGUGUGAAGUUUUAGCCCUGGGACCAUUAUUGGUUUUACCCGACGUUCAUUUGUUUUCCCGCGUUGACAAAGGACCGUGCUGCUUGUCGUGAAAUCUAUACCCAUUCUUUUUUGAAGUGUUUCUUUACAGGACGGUGGAAAGCGGAUGACGUGACAGUGACAGUGGAGGUAUAAAAUCAAUCUGUCGAUUAUGUAAGCUAUUUCGAUUCAGUCCAUAAUCAUAAUGGAGUUUUAAAUAAUUAAGAAGGAUAUCCAUUUGGCCCCCUUUACUGAGACCCAGAUGAGGGUGGGGCUUUAAUAAAAUUCCUCAAGAGUAUAGAAACGUCCCGCUAACUUACGUACAUCAAUAGUUAUGAAUAAUCUAACUUCAGAUUUUGUUAUUCAUGUCAGAUCAUUCACAAAACUGAUAUCUGCCGAGAAUUUUUUUGUUUUCAACUGUUUAGCGUUUAUUUUUAAGCCGAAAUUUAUCAAUCUGCUCACUGCCAUUUAUUUAUUAAUGUACCUAGUUUGGAGUGACAGGUACACGUUGCAAUGAUGGCCUCUGAGGUCUUUCAUGAAACAAACAUUUCUAGUCAACUCUGUGUGUGUGUGUGUAUGUGCAAAUUUGAAUUGGAGAUUAUUCUUCAAAAAAAAACUAUUUUUUUACUUUCGAUUAUCUUUGCGCAUUAUAAUUUAAUUUCUCUCUCUCUCUCUCUCUCUCUCUCUCUCGCUC